ACAAUUACAUCGACGUCUAAAAGGAAAUAAAAAAAAAUUGUGCUAAUCAGUCAUCGUCUUGUCGCCCAGCUCACCAGGGUUUCCUCUCCGAGUCCUUCGCCUCACAAGCAUCGCCCUCGCGCCGCUCCGGCCGAUUCCGCCAUGGCUUCCGAUGAGAGCAAAAAUACGAAACCAGAGAAGCCAUCUGCAGCGGCUGGUGCAGGCCUCCCCAACCCUUUUGAUUUUUCUUCUAUGAGCAGCUUGCUCAAUGAUCCAUCAAUAAGAGAGAUGGCAGAGCAAAUUGCAAGCGACCCUAUGUUCAACCAGAUGGCUGAACAGCUUCAGAAAAGUGCUCAGGGUGCCGGAGAACAGGGUAUCCCUGCGUUGGAUCCUCAACAGUACAUGGAAACAAUGCAACAGGUUAUGCAAAAUCCUCAGUUUGUGUCAAUGGCAGAGCGUCUUGGGAAUGCUCUUAUGCAGGAUCCUGCCAUGUCCAGUAUGCUUGAGAACUUGAGUAGUCCAGCUCAUAAGGAGCAGCUUGAAGAGCGAAUGGCUCGUAUCAAGGAAGAUCCAUCCUUGAAGCCAAUUCUUGAUGAGAUAGAGAAUGGUGGUCCAUCUGCUAUGGUGAAGUACUGGAAUGACCCUGAGGUUCUUCAAAAGAUUGGCCAGGCAAUGGGAGUUAACCUUCCAGGAGAUUCUAGUGCUUCCACUGUACUCUCUGGACCUGAAGAAACUGAGGAAGAAGGCGGGUACGACGAUGAGUCCAUUGUUCAUCACACUGCCAGUGUUGGCGAUGAAGAGGGUCUGAAGAAAGCUUUGGAUGGUGGAGCGGACAAAGAUGAAGAGGAUGCAGAGGGAAGAAGGGCCUUGCAUUUUGCAUGUGGCUACGGCGAGUUGAAGUGUGCGGAAAUCCUUCUGGAGGCUGGUGCUGCAGUUGACGCCCUGGAUAAGAACAAAAACACUCCGCUGCAUUACGCUGCUGGGUAUGGCCGGAAGGAAUGUGUGGAUCUUCUGUUAAAGCAUGGCGCUGCUGUCACGGUCCAGAAUCUGGAUGGGAAGACCCCCAUCGAGGUCGCCAGGCUCAACAAUCAGGAUGAGGUUCUGAAGUUGCUGGAGAAGGACGCCUUCCUAUAAGAACCCCUGGGCUAAAGCGCAUCAAGCUGUCAAGCUAUUGGAUUUACAUUGGUUCAUUUAUUUCGGUUCAGUGUGGUCGUGUCUGUAACUUGUGAAUUUUGGUGUUCUUUUCAUGGUUAUGCCGCGUUUCAACUAGUCCAUGUCUAAGGAGUGCCUGUGCUUUGUUCGUGUUCAUCCAUAUGGAGAUGUCACACAAGUGUUACAGGAAUUGAUUGCAAGGUCAAUUUGAAGGCAUUUUUUCCCGGU